CUUCACCAUAGCCCUUAGCCCAGGCUAUCUAAAGUUUCUUUCCUUUUGUCUUUUUCCUUCUUCUCUUGCAAAGUCGAAACCCACCCAACCUUUUACCUUGUCUUCUGUUUGAAACCCAGCAUUUCCUUUUUCUCCUUGUCUAUGUGGCGUGGGAAAAGGCGGUAGCUUCGCGAAAACCAGGGAGGUUUUUGGUCAUUUUCACCAUUCACUUCCAUUUAACAUAAGUCGUCAACAGGAUUCAGAUACCAUAAAGAAAAGUACCAGUAAAAAGGAGGUGUGAAAAAUGGCAAGUUAUCUGUGGAGAAAAUAUGCUGACUAUGUUUACAGCAAAUGGGAAAGAACGUUUCUUUGGGACAUGUUAGAGCCUUAUCGUAGACCCAAAUCUUUUACGCCUCUUGUUACCAUUUAUAUUGCAGCUUUUUACACUGGCGUCAUUGGCGCUGCCAUCACUGAGCAACUUUAUAAGGAAAAGUACUGGGAAGAUCACCCUGGGGAAGCAGUGCCGCUCAUGAAGCCGAAAUUUUAUGGUGGCCCCUGGAAGGUGUUCAAAGGUGAUGUCCUGCCAGCUAAUGAAUGAAAGCCAGAAGAUCCUGUCGAAGAGCUAUAUCAUUCCUUUUAUUUCAUUUUCUUUCUCUGCAAUGGUUUGAAAUUUGGUAGUGUUUAGGAUGCAUCUGGAAAACAACUACAGUGUUUAGUCUUAAUUGUUUCUAGCAUCAGAUUUACAUGGUAGGCUUAGCGUUUCCAUGUGGGUACAAGAGACCAAUUCUUAUAAACAAAAUCAUAUCAUCUGUGUUUCAUUAAUCUAAUAUCCUUAUGAUAUUCAGGCUUUAUUUUCAUUGUGUUUAUUCAUGUUUUAUGUCUU